AUGUCGGGCAACUUCGACUCCUGGGAAGACGCUGCGGCGCAGGACGAGGAUCUUUCAAGACAGACACAAAACAUGAACAUCAACGCCAACGCCAACACUUUCAGGCCUGGAGCCUCUUCAUUUCAGCCCGGGGCGAACUCUUUCCAACCGGGUCAACAAUACCAACAGAAUGGCUAUCAGAACUACGGUGGCUACGGCCAACAGCAGGGAUACAACCAAUACCCGCAAUACGGACAAGGCUACAACACUCAAUAUCCUCAAUACCAGCAACAGCAACAGCCACAACAGGGCUACAACCAAGGAUACAGCGGACAGUUUACUGCCUAUAAUCAAGCCCCUGGCAGCUUCCAGCCACGACAGGGUGCCCCGAUAAGCAUUGCCCGACGGUCAGAUGCACAACCGGCUCCAGCACCGCAGCCCGCCCCUCAAUCUCAGCCAGCACCUGCUCCAGCUGCUGAGAAAGCUCCUACGCCAAAGCCUGCUGCCGCACCUCCGAAGGCUAAAGUCCUGUCGAUUGGUGUUCCCACCGCCGCAUCAGCCUCCCCGAAGAAACCCGCCUCUCCGACCGCCAAAGAAGCUCCGUCCAAAAUCGAGCCCAAGGUAGAUACGAAACCAGAAGCCGGGUCGAAGAAGAUUGCAGCGAAGGCCGUCGAGAAGACCGGCGAAAAAGUAUCGGGCAAGACGUCGCCAACACCAUCCUCAGGCAAGUCCUCUCCUACUCCCGGCGAACCGAAGAAGGGGCGAAAUGCCGAAGAAAUUGCCGCAGAACAAACGGCCGAUGUCGAUGCAUCGGUACUUGAAGAGAUGUACGGAAAGGAACACGUCAACAUCAUCUUCAUCGGUCACGUUGAUGCCGGGAAAUCCACAUUGGGCGGUCAAGUCCUCAUUCAGACCGGUAUGGUAGAUGAGCGGACACUGGACAAGUACAAGAGAGAUGCUAAAGAUGCUGGACGUGAGACCUGGUAUAUCUCCUGGGUUCUCGACCUGAACAAGGAAGAGCGAGCAAAGGGCAAGACUGUGGAAGUCGGACGAGGUUUUUUCGAGACGGAGAAACGACGGUACACAAUCCUCGACGCACCCGGUCACAAAACAUAUGUACCAAACAUGCUGAGCGGUGCCGCACAAGCAGACGUCGCCAUUCUAGUAAUUUCGGCACGGAAAGGUGAAUUUGAGACUGGUUUCGAGAAGGGUGGUCAAACGCAAGAACACGCUAUGCUGAUCAAGACGACCGGCGCAAAGGAGCUGGUCGUGGCCGUCAACAAGAUGGACGACAUCACUGUGGAGUGGUCGAAGGAACGUUACGAUGAGAUUGUCGGCAAGCUCAAACCAUACCUGAAGAAGCGAAUCGGGCUGGACUCGACCUUUAUGCCGAUCUCUGCGCAGACGGGUAUUGGCGUGAAGGACAGAAUCCCCAAGGAUGUCGCAGGCUGGUACAAGGGCCCAUCUCUGCUUGAAUUCCUCGACGGAAUGGCCAAGAUUCAGCGCAACCUCAACGCGCCAUUCAUGAUGCCCGUUGGCGCCAAAUACAGAGACAUGGGCACCAUGAUCGAAGGCCGCAUUGAGGCCGGCGUUAUCCAAAAAUCGGCCAACUACGUGAUGAUGCCGAACAAGGAGGAAGUAGGAAUUGCGGCGCUGUACGGCGAGACGGAAGAAGAAAUCCCCUACGCCGCAUGCGGUGACCAAGUGCGCAUGCGCCUGCGAGGCAUCGAAGAAGAAGACAUCCUGCCUGGGUUCGUGCUGUGCUCGCCCAAGCGGCUCGUGCACUGCGUGAGCGAGUUUGAGGCACAGAUCAACAUUGUCGAGCUCAAGUCGAUCCUGUCGGCCGGGUUCAACUGCGUGCUGCACGUCCACGCGGCCACGGAAGAGGUCACGUUUGCGGCGCUGCUGCACAAGUUGGAGCCGAAAACCGGUCGGAAGAGCAAGAAGCCUCCGGCGUUCGCGGCAAAGGGCCAGAACAUCAUCGCCCGCCUGCAGGUCACCGGCAGCGCCGGUCGCAUCUGUGUGGAGCGCUUCGAGGACUACCCGCAGCUCGGUCGCUUCACGCUCCGCGAUCAAGGUCAGACCAUCGCCGUGGGCAAGAUCACAAAGUUGAUCCUGGACGAGGAAUAA